GGAAUGGAGCAUCAGUUUCGGUGCAGUCAAGCAUCCAGCAGCAAGCUUCCGACACGACACAGAGUUCCUUUUAUCAGUUCGAUUCAUCAUGCGGUACACCCUACUCGUUGUGUUCCUGUGCGGACUCCUCUUCGCCUUUGUCUCGGCUGGCGGUGGCGGCCAGGGAGGUUGGCAGAAGAGCGGAGGCGGUGGUGGCGGCCAGGGAGGUUGGCAGAAGAGCGGAGGCGGUGGUGGCGGCCAGGGAGGUUGGCAGAAGAGCGGAGGCGGUGGUGGUGGCCAAGGAGGCUGGCAGCAAGGUGGCGGCGGUGGUGGCAAGCACGGAAGCGGCGGCGGUGGCCAGGGAGGUGCCAAACAUGGCGGUGGCGGAUGGUAAUAGAUAUCCAGCCAGUCCGUCGCGACCCCACAAUUAAACGAAACCCACGAUCACCUUCCAGCGAUUGCCCCGGCCAAGAUCUGUGCCCAGCACACCCUUCUCAUACCUUUUGUUCUGAUUUAUCCUGUUUCUAAUUGUAUUAAUAAAGAAAGCUCUGUUUAGCAUUGUACAAUCUAAAAGUAA